AUGAUGAUAACCAAACCUCAAUUAUUGCAAACUGCACUUUCUUUUCUCAUACUCUGCAUGGGGCUACAGUUAAAAGUCGUAUGCUUUUUACAGCCAGAUUCUCUUCUAGAUGAAACUUACCUUGAGUUCACAAAUGAAGCCACUGAUUUUUCACCUGCACAGGAAUACGAUUACAUCAUUGUUGGAGGAGGAACAGCUGGUUGCCCAUUAGCUGCCACUUUAUCCGAAAAAUAUUCAGUUCUACUACUUGAGCGAGGGGGUGUAGCCAAUUUAGAUCCCAACGUCUUAUACGAAGAUAACCUCUUCAAUCCCCUCCUAACUGCAAAUAAUAAUGAUUCGCCUGCUCAAACUUUCACCUCUGAAGAAGGGGUACCAAACGCAAGAGGGAGGGUUUUAGGAGGUAGUAGCAUGAUAAAUUUUGGAUUUUAUUCGAGGGCUGAUGAUUACUUUUAUAAGAAUUCAGGGAUUGAAUGGAAUAGCAGUGGUGUCAAAAGUGCCUAUGAGUGGGUAGAAGAUAGUAUUGUAACACGUCCGGAUCAUUUAGGGAGGCGCCAUGGGGCAGUGGAGCUCCUUAAUAAAGCCAAACCUGGAAAUUUAAAGGUCGUUGUCCAUGCCACAGUUGAUCGGGUCAUCUUCUCCACCUCCGAAUCUUUAGGAAUAGCUGCCAGUGGCGUUAGAUACCAUGAUUCAGAAGGAAUUUAUCAUGAAGUCCAUGUAAGAAAACCGGGAGAAGUAAUUUUGAGCGCUGGAGCUCUGGGAAGCCCACAACUUUUGCUGAUAAGUGGACUCGGGCCACUUUCAUACCUUUCGUCCCUAAAAAUUCCAGUUGUUCGCGACCAUCCGUAUAUUGGAAAGUUCAUGGUUGAUAAUCCGCGUCCUGGAAUUAACCUUUUGGUCCCAGUGGCAUCGCUUGAUGUAGGAGCACGAGUUGUUGGGAUAGUAAAAAAUGGUCCAUACAUCGAAUCUUCUGCAGCCCCCCGACAGGUGCCUUUCUUGGGUUCACUUAUACCUUUAAACUUAAGUGUGCUGGUUAUUGGUGGAAAGAUUACAGGACCAAAGUCAAGUGGUUCACUACAAUUAAUAUCGCCCUCUGAUGUAAACGUUAGCCCAAGUGUUCGUUUUAAUUACUACUCACACACGAAUGAUAUAAUAGAAUGUGGUAAGGUUGUGGAAGUACUUCGAAAUUUUUUGGGUACUCAAGCCAUGGAAGAAUACAAGUUUAGUGACACAUCUGGUGCAAGGGAUUUCAGAUAUAUCGGGCCAUCAUUACCUGAGGAUCCAUCUCGUUUGAAGUCUAACGAGGCAUUCUGUCGCGAAACAUUGUCCACAUUUUGGCAUUUCCAUGGUGGAUGCUUGGUAGAAAAGGUGGUUGAUAGUGAUUUGAAAGUCAUAGGAGUUGAUUCUUUACGAGUCAUUGAUGCUUCCAUAUUUUCCAGCUCACCGGGAACAAAUCCACAGGCAACACUUAUGAUGUUAGGCCGAUACAUUGGAGUGAAAAUACUUAACGAGAGAGCACCAAAUUGA